AUGGAGAAGCAGCGCGAAAGACAGCCAAGAAGCGAGAGAGGCAAAGAGCGAAAGAAAAAGCGAAAAAAAGGUCAAGUGGUUCGACACCGAAUCAAAGACGACGACAAAAACAGCAACGAACAUCUAUCAUUGGCCAUCGCCCCAAUGGCGACCGUUUUGGAGAAAUUGAAUGUCGCGUUCGGGAAAGCGCUGAAA